AUGUCAGUGGGCAGGUUCUCGAUGGAGCCAGACGAAAGGGAAUCCAAGAGAGCCAAAGUGAGGGCCACGCCAUUAAUCGGGUUCACGGAGGUCGACAAGCAAGGAACUAUUCAACCCCACGACGAUGCCUUAGUCAUCACACUCAGAAUAGGAGGUUAUGACGUGAAAAGGGUGUUAGUUGAUCAAGGCAGCGCCGUGGAGGAAGACCUGUCGCCAUACGAUUUCCCCCUGGUCAGCUUUGAAGGAAAACUCGUCAUCCCGAAAGGCAUGAUUAGGCUGCCUGUGCAAACAGACUCAGAUGUGGUAGAAGUGGACUUCAUUGUCGUAGAUGCAUACUCGCCCUUCAUAGCUAUUGUGGCCCGGCCGUGGCUUCAUGCACUGGGGGCUGUGUCUUCAACCUUGCACCAGAAAGUGAAGUAUCCGUCAGGAGGUCAAGUUAAAGAAAUAAUAGGGAAUCAAGGAAUGGCUAGGCAAUGCAUGGUGUCGGCAAUUUCACGACAAUCAAAUAAGGAACCUUCCACUUCAGCCGAGAGCGGCUUAUAG